AUUUAAUACAAAUUGUACACAUCAUGAAUGUGAUCUAAUGAUCACAUCACUAAACAUGAUAAACCAUAUGACUGGAUUAAUUAUGUACAGAUUAAUUAAUAUGGAUUAUAAUAACUAUAGUAAUGAUAAUAAUAAUAAUAAUAAUAAUAAUAAUAAUAAUAAUAAUAAUAAUAAUGAUAAUAUGAUGGAUUUCACUGCAUAA